UAUCACUUUUCUUUUCAGUUGAGCAUUUCCAAACUUGUCAGCUGAUCGCAUCCUGUCUCUUUGCGGCAGACUUCACGUGUUGUCUUUUUCGGUGGUGGAUUUAUUUUGAUAUCUUUCGUUAUUUUUGAAGUUUUGUGGACGAUAAAGCCAAGGGAGGAUGAAAGGAAAGGAAGUCUUUGCUUCAUUGACACUUUUCUUAAUCGUUCCUGGUGUUUUGGGGGUGUUGCUCCCAACGUCUGGCAUAAAGAACAAGAUCCACCAUCACAGUUUACACCAAAAUGCUGACAUGUUUAGUUUUCUAGCCCUUGGAGACUGGGGAGGACUUCCAAUAAUUCCAUACCACACUGCUAUCGAAAGCACUGUGGCUAAUCAAAUGGGAUCUACGUCGGAUGCUGUCCGUUCUCGUUUCACUAUCGGUUUGGGCGAUAAUUUUUACUUCGACGGAGUUAAGGAUGUGAACGAUAAACGAUUUGAGGAGACAUAUGAAACCGUAUUUCAAGCAACAUCCCUCGAUACACCGUGGUAUUUUAUCGCCGGAAAUCACGACCACAACGGUAAUGUUUCAGCCCAGAUCCAUUAUACGGAUGUGAAAAAGAGAUGGAAUUUCCCCGAUUACUAUUACAAUCUGAAAUUUGAUGCUGGAGAAGGAGCGAGCCUCGAGAUUGUUCUUAUCGAUACGGUAUUGCUCUGUGGAAACAGCGACAGCGAUUUUCUUCACAAGCAGCCGGAAAUGCAGAUGAAUCCGAAAGCGAGAAAAAUUGCUGAUGACCAGUGGGCUUGGAUUGAAGAAACGCUUGCGAAAUCUACCGCAAACUAUCUUAUCGUUGGAGGACACUUUCCAGUGUACAGUGUUGCUGAACACGGAUCAACCAAGUGUUUAGUGGAUAAGUUAUAUCCUUUGCUCCACAAAUACCGAGUUCAGGCGUACAUCUGUGGGCAUGACCACAAUCUGCAACAUAUCGAAGUGAAUGCUAAGAACUGGACGACGGAGUAUUUCGUCAUUGGUGCUGCAAACUUCAUCGAAGACAGCCAUCAGCAUGAGAGCACUAUUCCUGAGGGAUCGCUAAAGUACUACUGGGCUGACUUGCUGAAACUUGGAGGCUUCGGAGUAUUUCAGUUGAACAGUGACGCCAUGACUUUUCGUUUUAUUGAUGCCCAGAAUGGCCAGACCCUUCACGGCACCACCAUGUAUCCUGUAAAAAACCGUGGAACGCUUUGACUUCUAAAUCGAAACUGAUAAGAAGACAGCUGACAGUUCCUUUCGUUUUGUAUUAUCCGAUCUGUGAUUUUCUGUUCUGGGUACUCCUUAUGGUAUUGCUUCAAACAAAUUAUUGAUUUCGUGAUACUGUAUUUUCUUAGCUUUGCCUUCCUCAUGUUGAAUAGUACUCAACGCUUGCAGGUAUUACCCUCACUGAUUUCGAGUUUUUAUUUUUGCUGAUAAUUCGCCAUCUGUGUUGCCUUUGCGCUGAUGCUUCCUUUUUUUGUAUUUUUUCAGUACCGAUAUAUUCGUAUCACGUAUGUACAAGCCCAUCCAACAAUUCUUUGACCGCUGUAAGCGGGAAUUUAAAGAAACGUGGGCUUGA